AUGUCAGCUUUAGAGUCAAGUUCAGUAGCAUCAUACUUUGCGGGUAAUGGUGAACAACGACCAGAACUAGAAUCUGUGAUUUUCGAAAUUCGAACUAGUACAUCUAUUUCACCAUAUGCUAAUAUUAAGGGUCUUAGUCACUUUAAAGAUGAACAAGAAUUUUUAUUAACAAUAGGCAGUGUGUUUCGUAUAGUGAACGUGGAAUCAUUUGAUAAACAAUGGUUUGUACAGUUGGCUCUAGAUAAAUCUGAUAAUCGACAGAUGGAAGAACUUGCAAAUUAUUUCAUAAAAGAAUUUUUUAGCAAAUCACCGUUACUUAAUUUAGCAAGAAUUUUAUUUCAAAUGUCGGAAUAUAAUCGAGCUGAACAAUAUUGUAUUAGGGCAGACAAAGAACUUUCCUCGGAUGACAAUAAUCGAAGUGAUCUUUAUCGACUACUAGGUGAAAUUUAUCAAAAUGGAAAGGGAGAUUACCAAAAAGCUGAAGAAAUGUACAAUAAGGCUCUCUUUUAUAGUAACAACUUAUCACAGUCAACUACGAUUCAGAACCAUUUAGGUUUACUCCAAAAUGAGAUGAGCAAUUACAAUGAUGCUUUAAAAACUCUAGAAAACGCAGAAGAAUAUUGCCGUAAAGAUAAUUUGUUCGAUAAUAAUGUAAUCGUAAAAUUGGUUACUAUUUACAUAAAUAUGGGAAUUGUUUAUCGUCAUAAAUUAAAUUUUGUGAAGUCAUUAGAAUAUUAUAAUAAAGCUUUAGAUCUUAAUUUACAAAUUCGACCAGAAUUACAUCCAUCAAUUUCUCAUCUUUACAAUAAUAUUGGACUUCUCAAUUCUAUCACAUGUGAUUAUGAUGCCUCAUUAACAGCAUAUGAAAAAGCUCUGAAGAUCCAAUUACAAAUUUUACCGAAGAUACAUACAGAUUUGGCUACAGUGUAUAACAAUAUGGCUCUCGUAUACAUGGCAACCGAGAAUUAUUCAAAAGCCUUAGAAAAUUUUGAAACGGCAUUUAAUAUGUUCAAAGAACUGUUACGAUUAGAUCAUCCAACGCUAGCCACUCUAUACCAUAAUAUUGGUGAUGCCUACAGAUGCUUGAAACAAUAUGAUAAGGCUGCAAAUUAUUUGGAAAAAGGUCUAGAAUUACGUAUUCAAAAGUUAUCUUUGACACAUGCACAUAUUGCUGAAUCAUACCAAAGUUUAGGAUGGACAUACUCUUUCCUUUCAAAUCAUGAAAAAGCACUAGAUUUCUGUAAGAAGGCAUUAAAAAUCAAACCAGAUGAUGCUAAUGUUUAUCAUUGUAUGGGCAUGAUAUAUGAUGCACAAUGUGAUUAUAAUAAUGCCCUGUCUGCACUACGAAAGGCUAUUGAUUACUAUGAAAAUUUUCCAGCGAAGCGUAGCAUUGCGCUUGUACGGGUAGAUAAAACCAUUGCAGCAAUCUUAAACAUCCAGGAAAAUACCACUGAUGCUAUCAAACAUUAUAAUAAAGCAAUAGAAGUGUAUCAUGAUAGCAAAGUGUUAAACACGGUAGUCUUCAUAGAAUUAUACAACGCACGAGGAGUACACUCGUUAGGGGUAAUUCGGAUCAAAAAUUAGAAAAUCGAUUUUGUUUUUAUUCGCUCUCAAUCAUUGUACGUCGUAACAAGGUGAUUUUUGGAGUGCUACUAGAACAAACUGUUUU